GCACUAUACAUUGCAAUAAAUGAUACACCAGCAUGGGUUACCAGCGAAGCAAACGCAAUAUCAAACCUUCGUGGGUGGAGAUUUUUAUCUAACCGAUACACUAAAGAAUCUCUUGCUUCUGAUAGUGAUUUCCCUGCCAAAAAGGUCGUUUCUGAGUACGCAGAGAAUGAGCAAAAUUGGAAGAUUCUUGAGGAAGUUGUUCGAGUUGCUGAAGAGGCUGGAAGAACACCUUCUGAAGUUGCGAUCAAUUGGACUCUACAACAGCCAGGAAUCACAUCAGUAGUGGCAGCUGCAAGAAACUUGGAAAUUCUGGAGGAAAACAUAAGUGCUUUAGAAUUCAAACUUACUCCAGAACAACUUUCAACCCUCAAUAAUAUUUCAUUACCACGUGUAAUUCCAUUUGCACAGUUUUAUAAACCUAAUCCAUUACACUUUGCUUCCAAACCUACAUCUGAAUAUAUAGCAUCUUUGAAGAAACUCAAAACAUCUAAAUCGGAUACCGAAUAA